GUUCAUAUCAGAGUAGGGUUUGUAAACAAAAAAAAAAAAAUCUGACAAAUCAGACUCUUGUAGUAAAAGGUGGAUUUGAUUCAAAUUCAUAUUCUUUAUCCUCCCAACAGCGAUUGGUGCCAAAAGCUUUGAGGGAAUUUGGAUUCUUAGGGGGAGGAAAUGGAAUGCAACAAGGAUGAAGCGAAGAGGGCAAUGGAUAUUGCCGAGAGAAAGGUCACAGAAAAGGACUACAGUGGGGCGAAGAAGUUCGCUAACAAGGCUCAAGCCUUGUAUCCCCACCUGGAUGGUCUGAAACAGUUGUUGAUGGCGGUUGAUGUUUAUAUCUCCGGAGAGAAACUAAUCACCGGAGAACCUGACUGGUACGGUAUACUUGGUGUGGACCCCUUGGCUGAUGAUGAAGCAGUGAGGAAACAGUACAGGAAAUUAGCUCUCAUGCUCCAUCCGGAUAAAAACAAAUGCAAAGGUGCAGAAGGUGCGUUUAAGCUGGUUUCGGAAGCUUGGGGUCUACUAUCUGACAAGGUUAAGAGAUACUCUUAUAACUUAAAGAGGCAGGUUAAAGGAGGUCAGCAAAGAUUCCCAACAACACAGAGCGCGCAGCCCGCGAGUUCUAACGGGUUCCAGAACGUAAGAGAGCAUGUGGUUUCGGGUGCUAAGGCUAGAACUAAGCCGCCAGCUCCACGCAAGGAUCCGCCUGCUUAUGCUCCUCCGUUUCAGGAGAGUAGUACCUUCUGGACAAUGUGCAGCAGGUGCAAGACGCAGUAUGAGUUCCAGAGGGUUUAUCUUAACCAGACUUUGCUUUGUCCACACUGUCGUCAGGGCUUCUUUGCAGCGGAGAAAAACCCGCCUCCUAGUGUUCCGAAGCCAACCAACAACAACCACUCAUAUAACCAACAGAAACGGAGUUCUAAAGUUCCAGCGACAAACAAGAACUCAUCAUAUGGUACUUCUUCUGCCAGAGGGCCUGCAUCAUCUGUUAACAAUGGUUUCAGUUGGGAGCCUUUAUCAAGAAAGGGUGGAUCAUCCGACAGCCUAAAUGUCGUAAACCAAGCUGCUAAUGUGGUCCAGCAAGCACAAGAAAAACUGAAGAGAGCGUAUGAGGAGUCACAAGAGAGGGAUGCUGCUAGAGGAUUCACAAACUCUGAUCUGGAAAAUUAUAAGAGGAUGAAGACAGAUGGUUCCCAUGGGUUUGGUUCAUUCUCAUGCAAGUGGUCGAAUCAAAAUGGUCCAGGUAGGUUCACUACUCCUCCUUGUAAUCCUGAAACGCUAGGCUCUCGUCAUCCCCAGGUGGAAGGAAUCUUGUUACCUAGCGAUAUGAAGAAAGCGCUCGUGAAGAAGGCACAGUCAGAUAUUUCCAAGAGACUUAUGGCAGAAGCAGCAGAGGAGAUGAAAGCAAUGGAAAUAGAGAAGAAGAAGAGUAUGAAAGCGACAAGCAAGGCAGAUGAGGUAGUAAAAAGUACUAGUACUGAACCAGUCAAGGAAGUUUCCAACGAUGAAGGGAAUGGAAUCGUUGUUCCGGAUUCAGACUUUCACAACUUUGAUCUCGACCGCACUGAAACUGCUUUUCAAGACGACGAGAUUUGGGCAGCGUAUGAUGAAGACGAUGGAAUGCCUCGGUACUACGCCCGCAUCCAGAAGGUGGUUUCCUUGGAUCCCUUUAAGAUGAGAAUCAGCUGGCUCAACACCAAAACCUGCAAAGAGUUUGCUCCUGUAGACUGGGUUGGCUUUGGUUUCGCUAAAUCAUGUGGAGAUUUCAGGACUUCGAAAUACGAGUUGACAGAUGCACUAAACGCAUUCUCCCACAAAGUCGAUUUCACCAAAGGUGCAAAAGGACUAAUUCACAUUUUCCCCAAGAAGGGACAAGUUUGGGCACUGUAUCGUCACUGGUCCCCUGACUGGGACGGUGAUACCCCUGAUGAUGUCAAACACAAGUACGACAUGGUUGAAGUUCUUGAUUACUACACCGAAGACAAGCAAAGUUUAACUGUCGCUCCUUUACUCAAAGCUGAAGGAUUCAAGUUGGUUUUCCGCAGAAGCACAGAUCAAAACAGUGUGAGAAAGAUUCCGAAGGAAGAAAUGUUUAGAUUCUCUCACCAAGUGCCUCACUACAUUCUUACCGGGAAAGAAGCUGAUAACGCACCAGAGGGUUGUGUGGAGCUAGACCCAGCUGCAACUCCUUGCGAGUUACUUGAGGUGAAAGAGUCAUCCAAAAUGGACACUGAGAGAAGCAAACCUGUCAAAGAUAAAAGCACAGCUCCAGAGGAAGAAGAAAUGGGUAUGAACAUAGAUUAGGGUGGUGUGAAAGCUAGUAGCAUUCAGUACAGUGUACAAUGGAGGAAGUAAGCAUAUCAAUCUCAUAUGGCAUCAGUACGGAACAGGACUAGUCAGGUCUGAUCUUCUUUUUUGCUUUGAUCUCUUAUUUUGUUUCUCUAAAGGCUGACCCCAAAUAGAACUGGCCUUUUUUGGCACAAGAAACAAUGUUUUUUUUUUUUGAUAUUUGGUAUUUACUCAGAUAAUCGUGUAAGAACUCUCAAUUCAAGAUAUCUAAUGUAUGGUGGUUAUGGGUUUAAGCAA